AUGGGUGUGAACGUGGAACCUAUUGCUCCUGGCGACGGCAAGACUUUCCCCAAGCCUGGAGACACUGUCGAUAUUCACUACGUUGGUACCCUCCAGUCCAACGGCAACAAGUUUGACUCUUCGCGGGACCGUGGCCAGCCUUUCCGCACACGCAUCGGUGUUGGCCAAGUUAUUCGCGGCUGGGAUGAGGGUGUACAGCAGCUCUCGCUGGGCCAGAAGGCCCGCUUGGUUUGCUCGCCGGACUACGCUUACGGUCCCCGCGGUUUUCCCCCUGUAAUCCCUCCGAACUCGACCCUGGUCUUCGAGGUCGAACUUCUUGCGAUCAACGGCAAGAACUAA